AUGAAUACUGUUCGUAGUCAAAGUUUACCACCAUCAGAAUCUAGUUCUCUUCCUUCAGCAAAUCAACAAAAAUCGAUUCCAAAUCAAGCUCCACCUGUUGCUAUUGUACCUCCAACUCCGCAACGAACUCUUCCGUCAUUACAAAUUACUUUGAGAAACGAUGAGAAUGAACGAAAUGUAUCAUCGACAAUUAAUAUUCCAAAAACGAUGACUGCAUCAGCAAAGCCUACGAAUGAAAGAGCUAGUAGGGAACAGAAACAUUCUUUUCAAUCAUCAACUACGAUUUUAGUCGGUGGUGGAUCUCGUAGUGCUUUUCGUCCAUUUCAUAAGCCAACAGCAUUUAAUCCGCAACAACGAGUACCAUCGAACACGAGUUCAAGAGUACAAAUAUCAACAGAUCAAAUUCAACAAAAGUAAGUUUUUAUUUUGGCAGAACAAACAAACUGCUGAAACCUUUGCUCUUAAUCAAAGUUCCUUAAAACACCAACUCCACCAAC